GAAGAGAGAAGGAAGGGUGGAGGAGUUCAGUCUGCUGAGAGGAGGAGCUGCUGAUGAUCUCUUAGGAGAUCUCAGAACAUUUCUCUGACAGCUGGGAGUCCCACUGAACAGCCAAGAUGGCCCGGGACAUGUCAGAUAAAGACAUCAUGAAGAUGGAGCUGGAUCAGCUGAAGAUAGAAGUCAAAACAUCCAGAACUGCAGUUUCUGCCACUGCUCCUGACAUCAUCUCCUACGUCGAGGCUCGGUCCGGAGAAGAUCCGCUGGUCAAGGGAGUUCCUGAGGACAAGAACCCCUUCAAGGAGAAGGGAGGCUGCAUCAUUACAUAGCAUUUGCUCUCCACUGGCCACACUCUUAAACAGAAGGCUUCCUGGAGGGAUCUUGCAGGGUUCUGGGCAUCUGCAGGCAACUAUGUGAAGAUAAAUCACCUGCAGGGCCUUCUCAUGGCCCUUUCUUUAAAGAGCAGUAGAAGCAAAACCACCACCGUGUUUUACAGAAGCCCCAAUUCAAGAAUUUCAACUGUUAACCAUUCGGGUUCCAACACAAAGAACCCUGGAAGUGAUUCUUCAUGGUGCUUUUUCUUUUAAGAGCUUUUAAAGGCAUAUUUUUUUAAAGAACAGUCUGGAGAAGUAAAUCUAUAUGGACAUUCAGUAUUUAGAGUGUAACCUCAAUGUUUGAUAAGGAUCAGUCAGUGAUACAGUUAGUAAACGGGAAUGGACGCACACCUGAUGUUUGUAAUAUAUUUUUUUUCUGCCGACUUUAUAUAAUAAAUGCAGGUAGUUUCCAGUCCAAAA